CGUCACUUCCGGUAGCGCGGAGCUUGUAAAACACCCUGGAGAGAAAAUGGCGGCGGCAGCGGCUUCGGCUCCUCAGCAGCUCUCGGAUGAGGAGCUUUUCUCUCAGCUCCGCCGUUACGGCCUGUCUCCUGGCCCAGUGACGGAGAGCACCCGGCCGGUCUACCUCAAGAAGCUGAAGAAGCUUCGAGAGGAAGAGCAGCAGCAGCACCGGUCUGGGGGCCGCGGCAACAAGACGCGGAACAGUAAUAACAAUAACACCGCAGCCGCCGCGGUUGCGGCGGCGGGACCGGCGGCGGCCGCCCCAGGGCUGGGGGUCCGGCCAGUCUCGGGCGAUCUCUCCUACUUGCGGACUCCUGGGGGCCUGGGCCGAAUCUCGGCCUCGGGUCCGGAGAGCUCCCUGGGAGGGCCCGGGGGCACCUCGGCCGCCCCCACGGCUGGCAGCAAAGUGCUGCUGGGCUUCAGCUCGGACGAGUCGGACGUGGAGGCCAGUCCCCGGGACCAGGCCGGCGGCGGCGGUGGGAGGAAAGAUCGGGCUUCGCUCCAGUACCGCGGGCUCAAACCGCUGUCGGCGCCCCUGGCCGCCAGCGAGGUGACUAACAGCAACUCGGCCGAACGCAGGAAGCCCCACUCGUGGUGGGGGGCCAGGCGGCCGGCGGCUGCGGAGCUGCAGACCCCGUCGGCGAGAGAUGGAGCCGUGGAGGACGAGGAGGAGGAGGGGGAAGACGGAGAGGACAGGGACCCAGAGGCCGAGGAGCCGCUGUGGGCGAGCCGGACCGUGAACGGCAGCCGGCUUCUCUCCUACAGCUGCCGGGAGAACUAUUCGGACUCGGAGGAAGAGGAGGACGACGACGUGGCCUCCAGCAGACAGGUAUUAAAGGACGACUCCCUUUCCCGGCAUCGGCCCAGGCGGAGCCACAGUAAGCCUCUCUCUUCGCUGACUGCUAAAUCUGCCGGCGGCCGGCUGGAGACCUCAGUUCAGGGAGGGGGAGGAAUCCAGAUGAAUGACAGGGCGGCGGCUGCGGGGAGUCUAGACAGGAGCCGAAACCUCGAAGAGUCGGCGGCGGCGGCGGCGGCGGCGGCGGCGGAGCAGGGAGGAGGGUGUGAUCCCCUGGACUCCAGCCCCAUUCCUAGGUACCGUGUCAACGCUAAGAAACUGGCCCCUCUCCUGCCCCCGCCACUGACUGACAUGGACUCAACCUUGGAUUCGUCCACAGGCUCCCUUCUUAAAACCAAUAAUCAUAUCGGCAGUGGGGCCUUCGGUGCGGACUCCCCCAGGAUUUUUUCCAACAGUCUCCCUCCCGGUGCGUCGGUGGCUGCCUCUAGUUCACUCAGGAUCAAUCACUCCAAUCAUACGGGCGCCAAUCACACCUAUCUGAAAAACACAUACAACAAACCGAAGCUUUCCGAACCCGAGGAGGAACUUCUCCAGCAAUUUAAACGGGAGGAGGUGUCCCCUGCAGGGGGUUUCAGUGCCCACUACUUGUCGAUGUUUCUCUUAACUGCUGCCUGCUUAUUUUUCCUAAUAUUGGGACUGACUUACCUAGGAAUGAGAGGGACAGGAGUAUCCGAGGAUGGAGGGCUCAGCAUAAAAAACCCAUUUGAUGGAACAUUUGGAAAAAUACAAGAAAGUAAGAAAAAUCUUCUGAUGAACACUUUAUACAAGCUUCAUGAUCGAUUGGCACAGCUUGCAGGAGAUCAUGAAUGUGGCAGUUCUAGUCAGAGAACACUUUCUGUCCAAGAGGCAGCUGCAUAUUUAAAAGAUUUAGGCCCUGAAUAUGAAGAUAUAUUUAAUAUUUCCUUGAAGUGGAUUUUAGAAAAUGGAAAAGAUGUUGGAAUAAGGUGUGUUGGUUAUGGCCCUGAGGAACAACUGACAAAUAUAACCCAUGUGCAGUUUUUACAGUCCACAAGACCACAGAUGUCUUUCUGGUGUCGUUUUCGACGUGCUUUUAUUACUGUCACCCACAGGUUAUUGUUGUUAUGCUUGGGUGUAGUGAUGGUUUGUGUCGUUCUGCGUUAUAUGAAAUACCGCUGGACAAAAGAAGAGGAGGAAACAAGGCAGAUGUAUGAUAUGGUGGUGAAGAUUAUAGAUGUUUUACGAAGUCACAAUGAAGCUUGCCAGGAAAAUAAAGACUUACAACCUUACAUGCCUAUUCCACAUGUACAAGAUUCCUUAAUACAACCUCAUGACAAGAAAAAAAUGAAGAAAGUCUGGGAUAGAGCUGUUGACUUCCUUGCUGCUAAUGAAUCUAGAGUUCGCACAGAGACACGAAGAAUAGGUGGUACAGAUUUUCUAGUUUGGCGGUGGAUCCAGCCUUCUGCCUCCUGUGACAAAAUAUUAGUAAUACCUUCUAAAGUAUGGCAAGGUCAAGCAUUUCAUUUAGAUAGAAGAAAUUCACCGCCAAAUAGCUUGACACCAUGUCUAAAGAUUCGAAAUAUGUUUGACCCAGUUAUGGAAAUAGGGGAUCAGUGGCAUUUGGCAAUUCAAGAAGCAAUUUUAGAAAAAUGCAGUGAUAAUGAUGGCAUUGUUCAUAUUGCAGUAGACAAAAAUUCACGUGAGGGUUGUGUAUAUGUUAAAUGUCUGUCUCCAGAAUAUGCUGGAAAAGCUUUUAAGGCAUUGCAUGGCUCUUGGUUUGAUGGGAAAUUGGUUACAGUAAAAUAUUUACGACUAGAUAGAUAUCACCAUCGCUUUCCCCAAGCUCUUACUUGCAAUACUCCCUUGAAGCCAUCAAAUAAACAUAUGAACUCUAUGUCUCAUCUUCGUCUUCGGACUGGCCUAGCCAAUUCUCAAGGAGGUUCCUGAAAAGACUUUCUUCCACUCCUAGGACUGGUAUUUACAAUAGGAAAAUUCCUGUUUGGCUUCCUGUCUUCCUUUUAAAUGCUUUUUGUAUGUAAUAUUUUUAUUGAAUACAGCUCUGUUUGAAUGUUCCAGAAAUCUUAAGGUUCCAAAGGGACUUAGCAGUGAGGCAGCAGUGCUCAGUGGUCAGAACAAUUGUUUCAUUCAGUUUUUGGAGCUCAGUUAAGCCAAUGCUUAAGUUUUGCAUGAGGAACAUUGACUUUAUUAAGCAUUUUCAGAUGUGGUGAUUGUGUUUUUGCACCACACAGUGUUUGGAUAACCACACAAAAGCAUGGUGAAGAGGCUUCUUGUAUUUCCAUAAUCUCCUGUGAACUAAUGUUGUGAAUUUUUGUAUACAGUCACCUGCAUAGUUCCUUACCAGGCUAAUGUGGUAAAACUGUUAAUUUCCCAGUUUAACCUUAGGUUUCUAUUGCUUGUAAGAGAUUCAUUUGUUACAGCAGGAAUACAGGAAAACUAAUUUGGGUUUAGCGGUUACAUAUAAGCAUAGGUGGGUGUACAUGUACUUAACCUGGCUUUUGUAUAUAUGUAUAAAUGCUGAUGGUGGCGAAAGUAGUCUUGUUUUGUGAGGAUGUCUGCAUUAAAGCAGUAAAAUAAGCUUCCUAUUUUAUUCAUAAUCUAAUGUGUAUAUAUGUAUGUGUAUAUAUGUGUGUAUGUGUAUAUAUAUGUAUGUGUAUAUGUGUAUAUAUACACACACAUAUAUACCUAUGGCUGUACUAUCACAUAGAUCAAACAGCCAAACACCUGGAAGUAUUAGAUACAAGUUUAAAAUAUCUUUUAUAAGUUUUAUAUAAAAAUGUCUGAGUAUGAUUUUGUGUGAAAGUUCCGAUCUCAGUUGUAAUGGAUUCAAAUUUAUGUGAGCAAUAAAGAUGCAAUUGGCAGAUAUUGGAAAAGUA